AUGCCUCGCGUCUACCCGCCCCUCGAGGGCCGCCAACCCAGCGUCAGCCUCUCGCCCUCGCUCGUCGAAUCCGUCGCCGGCUUCACCGCAGGCCUCGUCUCGACCCUCGUCGUGCACCCCUUCGACGUGGUGAAGACCCGCCUCCAGAUCGAACAGGCCAACACCAAAGCCCGCGCCGGCGGCAGUCUCCACGUCAUCCGCCAGAUCGCCCAGGAAGCUGUGGUCGAGAACACCCGCCGCAAUGCGGCCAACAUCACCGCUCGCGGCGACACCGCGGGCGUCGUCCGCGCCUUCUACCGCGGCCUCAUGCCGAACAUGAUCGGGAAUUCCGUCUCGUGGGCCCUGUAUUUCAUGUGGUACGGGAACAUCAAGGACCUGGUGCGCGCGGCAAGAGCGUCGAGUACGGGCGAGCACGAGCUACGCAGCUCGGACUACUUCAUCGCAUCAGGUGUGUCGGGGAUAUUGACCGCAGUCUUCACGAACCCGAUCUGGGUGAUCAAAACCCGGAUGCUGUCGACCGCCAAGUCCGCCCCGGGCGCCUACACGAGCAUCAAACACGGCACGCUGGAGCUCUACCGGAGCGAAGGGAUCCGCGGGUUCUAUCGGGGUCUGUUGCCGAGUCUGUUCGGCGUCAGCCACGGUGCGAUUCAAUUCAUGGCCUAUGAGCAGUUGAAGAACCGCUGGGCGAAGAGCAGAGUCGGCGGCAAGGAGGGUUUGACGAACAUGGACUUUUUGCUCCUCAGCGCCGUGAGCAAGAUGCUGGCCGGAAGUAUCACGUAUCCCUAUCAGGUCGUGCGGUCGCGGCUGCAGACGUAUGAUGCGAGCAAGAAAUACAGGGGUGCGUGGGACGUGAUCAAGCAGGUCAUGCGGAAGGAGGGCACCAUUGGAUUUUACAAAGGGCUGGGCCCGAAUCUCGUCCGCGUCUUGCCUUCGACGUGCGUCACGUUCCUCGUUUACGAGAAUAUGAAGUCCUACCUCCCGAAGAUGUGGGAGUCCACCGGUGAUCGGAAGGAGAUCGCAGACACACGUUGA